UAGUCGGUGUCACAGUCAGUUCGAUUUUUCUUCGUUUCUUUUGACGGAAGGCACUGGAAGCAAAUUCCUUUUUUUUCGAAUUCAAAAAGGUUUGCUGAUUUAUUGGUUCGGUUCUAUCUUUGCGCCUGAACAAAAGAAAAAUCAUGUGUGGACAUUUUGAUCGUAAUUGCAUCUGAUAGAGUUCCGGUAUUGUGAUUCGAAAUGCUCGACAAUUCUUCGAUUUUCAUCAGUGCAUCAUAAAGUUGAAUUUGAAUUAAGUGACAAAUGUUUUAAUCGAGUUGCAGCAUAGAAAUUUCAGAAGCAUCAAAAAUCAUUAUAAAUAAUUCGAAAAAUAUACACACAAAAAUGCAAAGUGAUGUCAUACUAAAUGUCGGCGACGCCGAUCAAUUUCUUAGUUUUCCAUUUGGUUCAAUUGAAUUUAAAAAACCAUUUUUGUGAGGAAAAAUCAUCCGAAAUAGACGGUAUUCUGUAUAUUUGAACACUUUGGUGACACGUUUUUAAUUUGAAAACUAAGUUGAGAAGAAAAGAAAAAUAUAAGAUUCGCAAACGAUCGCAUUAAUUAAUUUAAUGCCUUCACAUAAAAAACGUCAAUUUGAUUAAAUAACCGGCUGAACGAUAGAGAAGAAACAGAAAGAAAACGAAAACAAGGAAAAAGAAAGUAGUUUAGUGUCGCGAUUUUUUUUGUGUGUGUGUGCCUGUGUGUGUGGAUUGAGCGAGAGAAAAAAAACGAGGGAAGGCCAUAAAAAUGAAAGCGAUAAAAUUUAUACUGUGGUUAAUUUUAUGCAUCGUUCUUACCAUUGCCGCAAACGAUUUGAAUACACCCAAUGAGCAAUUAAAUAAUCCUGACAUGUCCACCGUAUCACAAAAUGUUGAUGCAUUGGAUACAACAAAUGGACACGAUUAUGAUGGUACAACGGAAAAUAGUGAUGAUGAUGUUAAUGUUGAUGAUAAUGGCAGUGGGAAAACUGAUGAAGUAACUGAAAAUGUAACAUCUUUAUCGCCAGCAUAUGCUGAUCUAAACGAAACACAAACAGAAUUUCCAACCACAAAAAGCCGAUACUCGUCGGGCAGUACGUGCAAAGAUGGACUCAUACUGCCAAUGUGGCGGCCACAAGAAAAUAUAACCUCCGGCGAUCGUUUUGCUCGUGGUUUAGUUUAUUUCUUGGCAAUGAGCUAUUUAUUUUUGGGCGUAUCAAUUGUUUCCGAUAAAUUUAUGGCUGCCAUUGAGAAGAUUACAGCCAUCGAAAAAGAAGUUAGUGUUCGAAAAGCAGAUGGAACACAACAAAAAAUUGUUGUUCGCGUAUGGAAUGAAACGGUGGCAAAUUUAACGUUGAUGGCUUUAGGCACAAGUGCACCGGAAAUUUUGCUUUCGAUUAUUGAAAUAUUUACAAAUAAUUUUGAAGCCGGUGAACUAGGACCAGGGACGAUUGUAGGCUCGGCUGCAUUUAAUCUCUUCUGCAUAAUUUCCUUAUGUAUUGUGGUAAUUCCAAAGAAUGAAGUGCGACGCAUCAAACACUUACGCGUAUUUUUCGUGACAGCAACAUGGUCAAUUUUUGCGUAUAUAUGGUUGUAUUUGAUAUUGGCGUUUUUCUCGCCGGGCGUAAUUGCGAUUUGGGAGGGUUUUAUUACAUUUUUGUGCUUUCCAUUGAUUGUUUACAUGGCAUACGUUGCUGAUCGUCGAAUGUUGGUCUAUAAAUACUUGAGCAAAGGUUAUCGUAUGAAUGAGCGUGGUGUAAUGGUACAAAUGGAAACGAUUGAUCCAUCGGCACCGAUGCAACCGCAAAAAGAGCAUCGAUCCGAUUCAGUGAUUAUGGACAAUGGCAUUGAAUUGAUGUCCGAUGAAUUUAAAGAUUUGGAAAAAUUACGAUUGGAAUAUAUAAAAAUUUUACAAGAUUUAAAACAAAAGUAUCCACAAUACAGUGCACGAUCAACAUUGGAAAUGAUGGCACAGGAAAAACUAUUAAAUUCAACACCAAAAUCGCAUGCAUUUUAUCGCGUUCAAGCUGGCCGAAAAAUUCUUGGCGGCGGUAAUAUUGUUCGAAAAAUCGCCGAAAAGACAACGAAUGAAGUGAAAGCCGAUCUAAACGAAGUAAAUGUGAUCGAUGAGGAUGACUUGACGCCAACCGUUUGCUUUCAACCAAAUCACUAUACAUGCAUGGAAAAUUGUGGUAGUAUUGACAUUCGUGUGGUACGUUUGGGCGAUUUUUCCGGUCACGUUAGCGUUGAUUAUCAAACACAAGAUGGUUCAGCUGAGGCAGCCACCGAUUAUAUUGCCCAAAGCGGUACCAUAACAUUUACACCGGGCAUUUCGGAACGCUUUAUAAAUAUUGAGAUAAUUGAUGAUGAUAUAUUCGAAGAGGAUGAAUCAUUCUUUAUUCAAUUAAGUAAUCCAACGAAUGGUGCCAUACUUGGACAAAAAAGUCUUGCAACUGUUAUGAUUUUGGAUGAUGAUCAUGCUGGAUUCUUUUCGUUUGCCGAACAAGAACAUGAACUAAUCGAAACGGUGGGCGUUUAUGAGUUGAAAGUAGUUCGAGCGAGUGGAGCCCGAGGCUGUGUUGCUUUGCCAUAUUGGACAGAAGAUGGAAGUGCAAAAGGGGGAAAAGAUUACGAAUCGCAAGCAAGUCGAAUCAUUUUCAAUAACAAUGAAACUGAGUAA